CGCAAGCGCGCGGUGUCCCGGAUGUAGCGUUCCCGAGCGGAGUCUAUGUGAGCCCGCCAGAAGACCCAAGUCUGCGCGAGCGAGCGAGCGAGGGAGGGAGGAAAAGCCGCCGCCAUGACUUCCGCGCUGGAGAACUACAUCAACCGUACUGUUGCUGUAAUUACUUCAGAUGGCCGAAUGAUUGUGGGAACUCUCAAGGGCUUUGAUCAGACCAUCAACUUGAUUUUGGAUGAAAGCCAUGAAAGGGUGUUCAGUUCUUCACAAGGAGUAGAGCAAGUUGUUUUAGGAUUAUACAUCGUAAGGGGUGAUAAUGUGGCUGUAAUUGGAGAGAUUGAUGAAGAGACAGAUUCAUCUCUUGAUCUGGGGAACAUUCGAGCAGAACCGUUGAACUCAGUAGUACACUGAGUUUAAAAAAAGGAUACGGCUGUAGAAGGACUUCUUGUAGCUCCAGCUGUACAGAACUAUUUAUACACUGGCAUGGCCACUUUUUUACAAGUUAUGUGUCACAACCUGAAUAGCGGAUACUUUCCUAUUAUGAAUGUUAUGGUUUGAUAUGUUUAUUAAACUGUCAAUUUUAUUGAA